UUAUUUUUUAUGCCGUCUGUAUUUUCCACCGACCAAACGUUAGUACGUAAUCUAUUUGAUCUCUGAAAGCAUCAAUGUAAAUAGGACCAAAGGGCAAAAAAAAAUAUGAGGAAGUGAAUAGAGUAUACAUGUUGUGUUGAACGCAGUCUUUAUCUUGGAACGAGUCAGUGAAUGAAUGAAUGUUGUUGGAAUGAAAUCAAUUACAGCUGCCCUAGUGAAAAGCCAACAGUUAGAAUUCAAAUGCGACGUACAAAUUCCGGUUCCAUGGGGACAUAUGUCAGCAAAAGUCUGGGGACCUGACCAUGGAAUACCUGUUCUAGCGGUUCAUGGACUGAUGGACAAUGCAGGAUCAUAUGACACAUUAGCUCCUCUUUUACCUGCAAACAUACAUCUUGUUUGCCUUGAACUUUGUGGACAUGGAUACUCAUCUUCAUAUCCGCCUGGAGUUGUCCUUCAUUAUUUUGACCAUGCCUAUCACGUUAAGCUUGUAGUCGAUUACUUUAAAUGGGAUAAAGUGGUCUUACUUGGUCAUAGCAUUGGAGCCAUCACACUUUUUCUGUUUGCAUCCCUAUUUCCCGAAAAUGUCAGUAGGAUGAUCAGCUUGGAUUUAGUCAAACCGUUCUCAGUAUCUGUGAAAAAACUUCCUGUUAUCAUGAGAGGCAUCAUAACACAAAUGCAAGGAUUUUCAGAAGUUGGACCGCCACUAACAGUACAAUAUAAAGAGGCGCGUCAAAGCAUCGUCGAUAAUUACAAGGGGUCAGUUGACGAGAAGGCUGCCGACAUUCUUUUAGUUCGUAGCUUGAAAAAGAAGGCUGAUGCUGAAGAUGCUUACGAAUUGCCAAACGAUUUACGCAUACUAGUCCGAACACUCACUCUCUCCGAGGAACAAAUCAAAGUGUUGGUUACAAACAUCCGUUGCCCUUUACUCAUCAUUCGAGCUACUAACGGGCUAAAGAAUUUUACCGAGGACGUCUUAAAAGAAUAUCUCAACAUUUAUAAAUCAUCCAGCGCUGAUUUCCGAAUUGUCAAUGUAGCCGGAAGUCAUCAUGUUCACCUUACCCAUCCUGAGCGAGUUGCUCCCCAUAUCCGUGAAUUUCUACUACCUCUUACAAGUCUUCGUACUAGCAAACUCUAAUAACGGGUCAGAGAUGUUUUAGAUCACUCAGUGUAUUUUUUUUUACAGUAGAAUAUCUUUUUGAAAUGGUAUAACACGAUGGAAAAUUUUUUGGAAAAUGUAGCAUUAAAUGUGGGACUAGCGGAUAAGGUUGGCUGAAUCCAAUUGACUACGUGCGGUUUGGAACCCCGCCUUGUGCGAGUUUGAAUGAUGGGCGGUUUCGUUCCAGUGCCAUAAACACAAAAGCUCAUCGACUCCCAUUGUUACCAAUUGACUGCUGUUGACGGAUGCGGCCAUGCUGACAAUACCUUCUUCAUGCUCUAAAAUGCAAACAAGCCAAAUGAAAAUCGAAGCUGAUGAUAAACGUAUCAAAGUAGAUCAAAUUUUCCUACGGCCUAGUUCCAGUAUAGGAUUUAGUUUAUCAGAAUUGAAUUUCCACAGCUGAACUGAGCUUUCUUUUCCGUGCAUCUAUUUUUUAAAAAGAAAAAGGUCAUUCAAUUUUUGUUAAACUUAAUUUGCCGUGUAGUACCGCGUGGCUCUCCGUCGCAUCUUGAAGACUGGAAUGGUGUGACGAAGCAACCUGUUUCAGCUGUGCGUUGAAAUGGAUACCCGAAAUUUCCGAAGCACAUUCAAAGUCGCCCACUAGCAUUCCUGUGGCCGUGUCUUCCACAAUUCAAUUUAAUAGUUUUUCAUCUGUCUGAUAGUUUAAACCUGUUAGUGUGUAACUUACUUUGAAUGCAGAUGCUAGGUCGAGGAAAACUGGAACCGCAAAACAGAAUGCUUGGUUUCCAAGAACACCAAUUCACAACCUGCGUUUUAUAGUCGAAGCAAGAUUAGAUUAGCUGAACCAACGGAGAAAAAAAAGAUGGACGACGGACAUCCCAUAAACAGGUGAAUCCAGAUUCGCAGCCCCCAGCAAAUAGGUGGCCGUUGGUAGACCAGGAGAGGCAAUUGACACUCGAACGCGAUUUUAGGGAUAAAAUGGGUUCAGGGGACUCUCCACCAGUUUGGCGGAGGUCAUAAAUCCGAACGCCGUGUCCUACGGUGCCGCUGUUAGAAGAAGAAAAUAAAGCACGCCAAAAAAGGAAACCGCUGCCUUGUUCAGAUUCGUCAGAAUUGCACACAGCGACCUAGAUCUACUCUUUCUGUUUUGUUUUAUGACCCACUUAGAAACGUGAAAUAAAAAAGUACAGUUUAAA